AUGGCUUUAGAGAGGGAGGCGAAUGCAGUAGCUGAAGGGAUGAAGGGGCUGUUCGGUUUGGUGAGAGGGGAGCUGGCAGCAGCGAAGGAUGUGCUGGCAUCAUUGAGAGGGGAGCUGGUGGCAGUUAGGGAGGAGUUGACUCGACAGAAAGAGCGAGUGCUGAUGCUGGAAAGGGGGAGCCUUGCUGCGGAGAAUGAGGUGAAUGCGUUGAGGCGUGCACUAGGUGCCGUGGGAGAGAGGAGUGCAGCGACUGCUGCCGUGGUGGAGAAAAGGGGGAGAGAGUUGGCAGCAGUGAAGGGAGAGCUAAUUGAGGUGAAGGCAGAGCUGUCUGGUGUGAAGGGGGAGGUUACUGCGGUGAAGGGAGAGUUGGCUGAACACAAGGGCGAUAUGGCAGAGAAAUGGGAUAUGGUUGAGAGAAGAAGAGAAUCAGACUUGAGAGGGCUGUGUGGGAAGGCGCGAAAGAGAAGGGCUGUUACGGCUGAUGCCUCUCCCCCAGAGAAUGUUGACACAACCAACUCCCCGGCCCCACUCAGCGAGGAGGAUAAGGCUUUUAAGAAACAAAUGUUUCGCCCUUGGAUCAAGGCAUCCACUGUCCACGACGCAUGGAGAAUAUGGAACUCGCCUUUCGGGGACGCAGGACUGACACUGCGGGACGAGAUGGCUGCGGGGGGGUUCACCAAGAAAUACGCCCUUGUGAAAGCAGAGGAUUCAGCGCUGACGCGGCAAAAGAGGUUGAUGGCUGCCGUUUCCGAGUACGCAGCAGCGCAACACGACGGGUUUGAGCAUGUGAUAAGGAUUUUGGACGAAAUUGGGGCGCGCAUUGGAUUCACGUCACUUCGUGACGGGCUGGUGGUCAGGAGUGCCAAGGUCUGCCCAGAGACGUUUGCGGAUCUCAGGAUGAGCAAACCGGCGUGCGAGAAGGCGAUUGUGGCGCUCGAGCUUGCGCGGGCUGGUCUGGAGGACGAGGCGUGGGGGCAACAGCAGUACCCUAACAGCUGGAGUUCUUGGCCCGCCUGCUCCUGCUCCUCCGACAACCCCCCAAUUUCCGCGUUGGCGGCCCUCCAGCAUGCCAUGGCUCUCAGCAACUCCUGCCCAUCGGUUGGUGCUGACAGCGAGUUCGAGGGCACGUCACGGCAACAACACUUCCCUUCGCUCUCAUUUCCCGCUCCUUUCCCUCCCCAUACCCUCCCCAUUCCCUCCCCAUUCCUUCCCGCCCCUUUACCUCCCCAUACCCUCCCCUUUCCCUCCCUUUUUUCUCCCUCUCCUCCCCUUCCCUUCCCCUCCUCCUCCACGCAGCACAUCAGCCGUUCUGCUGGGGGUGGCGUUCAUGAGGAUGUGAGGGAGCAUUGA